UUCUACAGCAAACAUGUUUUUAAAUGCACAACAAUAGACGGCAGGGUGUUGAACAAAUUAAUAACUAGUUUGUAUGUAUUAGUAAAAUAGUAGCGCACUACCAAGGCGCAAUGUUCUGAGAGCUCUUUCAGUCUGUAGCACUGGAAGUACGAGAGUGUUUUAGUUUCCCAUCUCGACCGAAGGAGCUGUUUGCAGCUAACCUCACAACUAGCAAGAAGCGGGCUUAUACGAGAGACAUCUGCACUGGCUCUAAUUAGAAACCGACUCACGGACUCUAAACGCUAAAUAUGUCCUAAACAGGAUGAUAUCCAAAGUGAGCAAUCGGAACUGCCAGCAAGGAUUACAAGCAGUUGGCAGACAGGAGGCAUGACGGAGGAGAAAUGCCCCCAGCUAGUGGACUACUUUGUGGUGGCAGGGCUGGCUCCGGGGGGCUCGGCCCCACUGGACGAAGAGGGCCAGCAGAGAGGGGGCCGGGUGGUGGAGCCGGUCAUAGACCUGGCGGUGAUCGCCCGGGGCUUGGGGGAGGAGGUGCCUGAGGGCUUCACCUGCAUCGAGAAGACCCAGGGGGGCCACCCGGCCGAGCUGAGCACCGGACUCAUCAACAACCCCCACAUGUUCCUGUGUUACCGCCGUGGGCAUGACAAGCCACCCAUCCUCGACCUCGGGGUGCUGUACGAGGGCAAAGAGGUGGUGAAGCAGGGCUGGUAUGUGAUCGAGACUACCCCCUACAGCCGCUCAGCCAGCCUGAGCUCCGGGGGGCCCGCCACCCACCGCACCUUCCUGACUUACCGCCGGGCCCCAGAGUCCCAGGCCCUCCACACUCUGGGGGUCACAGACAUCUCCCUCCUGCUGCCCAGUAAGGGGGAGGUGGCCCCCCACACCUUCUGCCGGGUGGAGAAGAACCUCAACACUGGCAUAUGGGGUCCAGCGUUAUACCUGUGCUACAAGAGAGCUGUAGCCAAAGCCAAUGCCUUAGUCUAUGAAGCAGGUCUGAUCAGUCGGUAUCCUGAAGCGGACGUGGAGUCGUUCCCCCUGCCAGAGUCUGUGCCUAUGUUCUGUCUGCCCAUGGGUGUGACGGUGGAGAGCUGGCCCCUUAACACCAAGUACCAGCUCCCUGUCUUCUCUACCUUCGUCCUCACUAGCGCCUGUGGCGACAAGGUUUACGGUGCUGCCAUCCAGUUCUAUGAGGCGUUCCCACGGGAGUGCCUCUCGGAGCGGCAGAGCGUCCGUCUGGGCCUGGUGAGUGUGGUGGACCGGCGGCCUAUCACCAACCGCACCCUGCAAGUGAAGAAGAGCGUGUGUGUUCUCUCCCACUGGCCCUUCUUCACCGUCUUCCAGAAGUUCCUCACCUUCGUCUACCGAUACUCCAUCUCCGGACCCCACGUGCUGCCCCUCGAGAAGCACAUCUCCAGCUUCAUGCACAACGUCCCGUUCCCUUCCCCUCAGCGGCCUCGCAUCCUAGUGCAGCUCUCCCCCUAUGACAACCUUCUCCUCUGUCAGCCUGUCUCCUCCCCCUUACUGCUCAGUGGUGCUAGCUUUGUGAAGCUGCUGCAGAACCUGGGUCCUGAGAACGCCUGUGUCCUGCUGCUGGCCGUGCUGACGGAGCACAAACUACUGCUACACUCCCUCCGCCCCGACGUCCUCACCUCCGUCAGCGAGGCCCUGGUGUCUAUGACGUUCCCUCUGCGUUGGCACUGCCCGUACAUCCCCCUGUGCCCGCUGCGGCUGGCAGACGUACUGUGUGCCCCCAUGCCCUUCAUCGUGGGCGUCCACUCCAGCUACUUUGACCUCUAUGACCCCCCUACUGACGUGGUGUGUGUUGACCUGGACACCAACACCAUCUUUCAAGCAGAGGACAAGAAGCCAUUGUCAUGGCGAUCGCUACCAAGGAAGCAUGGCAAGAUGCUGGUGAAUACCCUCACCAACUUGAUGAAGACUCUGGAGAAAAUCUACACCACUGGCCAAGAGGAGGCCACCCUGGAGUUCCUGCUGACGGACUAUGACCUGAUCUACGGGCGUCAGAAGCAGCUGGAGCUGGAGAUCCAGGAGGCCUUCCUGCGCUUCAUGAGCUGCUUGCUGAGGGGCUACCGUGCCUACCUGCUGCCCAUCACCCAGGCCCCUUCAGACAGGACUACCGACUGCAGCUCCCUCUUCAACCUGCAGGGCUUCCUGAAGUCACGUGAACGCACCCACCAGAAGUUCUACACCCAGCUGACCAGGACCCAGAUGUUCACUCAGUUCAUCGAGGAGUGCUCAUUUGUCAGUGACCGCCACGCCUGUCUGGAGUUCUUCGACGAGUGUGUCCAGAAGCAGUCAGAUGUGGAGAAGCCUGAGGAGGUGCGUCUGAUAGACCUGGACGAGGCCCACAGUGGGGAGCACACGGUCUUCAUCAUGCCCCCAGAGGAACCCCAGGAGCCAGAUGGUUCAGAGUGCCCCACUCACUACAGCUAUGAGACGUUCCCUGUGCUCUGCAUGGAUCUGUUUGACCAGCCUCAGGACCAGCUACGUGUCCCUACCAAGGGGAGUGCCCCCAGCAGCCCUGCCCCGCGACGGACUAAACAGGAGAUUAAGCUGGCACAGAAGCGGGCACAGAUAUACUCGGCAGUGCCCGACAUGUGGUCCAAAUGCCUGCUGGGCCACUGCUAUGGGCUGUGGUUCAUAUACCUGCCCACCUUUGUGCGGGCGGAGAGUGCCAAGGUGCGUGCCUUGCAAACGGCAUAUGAGGUGCUCAAGCACAUGGAGACCAGGAAGGUGGUACUACCGGAUGAGGUGUGUUACAGGAUCCUGAUGCAGCUGUGUGGGCAGUACGGGCAGCCUGUGCUCGCUGUUAGGGUACUUCUGGAGAUGAAGAAAGCUGGGAUCACACCCAACACCAUCACCUAUGCAUACUACAACAAGGCAGUGCUGGAGAGCAAGUGGCCCUCUACCAAUCAGGGUGGCCGUCUACGCUGGGCCAAGUUGCGUAACGUUCUAAUGGCCGUGGCGCAGUUCAGACAGCCAGUCAGACAAUGGCAGAAAAGUGGUUCAGUAGGCUCGCGGACAGAUACAAUGGACAGUAACCAACGAUCCCGCCCACAAUCUAACCUGAUUCGCCAGUCCAGCUGGAGCGGCCUGAGUGAAAGCUCCAGCCACGAAUCGCUGACGGGGUCUAUGGUGAAGAGCAACAGCCUGAACAGCAUGAGAGGCUCAACAGACAAGUCUAAGCUCUCAAUGAAGGCGGUGCUCCGGAACCCAGGUGCCAAUGGCUGCAGCGGUCCCGCCUCCCGUAAACCCCCCGUGGGGCCACGAGACACCUCCACCCCUUCUCCCUUUCCCCCUAGUGGUGUCAUGGUGCGCCGCGACCAGGUGUGCCUGUCCACCUUCUACAAAGACUGUGCCGAGAUGGCCGACUCUGACCCUGACUGCAGCUGCCAGCCUGGGGAGAGAGAUGGCAGGCCACCUGGGCCUAGAGACACUGUGAGCCGCAAGGCCGUGGACGAGAACUACAACAAUGUGUCACCAACGAGUCGGGGCAGCCUGACGGGGAAACUGCAGCAGCUGCUCACGCCUACUCGCCAUCGAGUCUCAGGGCGGCGGGCCGCCAGUGUAGACGCCCGGCGCUCGGGGGGAGAAAACGGGCCUGUGAGCCGGGUGUCGGAACAGAGACAGUCCCGAAAAGCCCAGGUGGCUGAGAGCCUACUGAAGGCUAAGGAGAGGCUCUACAAUGCUACCUCUGAGAGUUCUCUGUCGGUGGGGAGUGACGUUGACCUCCCUGACACCACCAAUUUGGCCUUUCCUCUCCGCAAAUCCUGGGACACCAACCAAGAGGGAGCGGGACUACAGGUGUUGAUGUCGAGCUGCUCCUUGUGUCGGAGCUGUAACUCCCUGGUCUAUGAUGAGGAGAUAAUGGCCGGGUGGACGUCUGACGACUCCAACCUCAACUCCAGCUGUCCCUUCUGCUCGACCACCUUCGUCCCCCUUCUCAACGCUGAGAUCUGUGACCUAGGACCUGUCAGCAGCACUCACCAUAGCCUGGAACGUACCAACUGGAACACGGAGGAGGAGGUGGAGAGUGCAGCCAAGCCCCCUGGUGGCCAGGAGGUCAUCCUGGGUCACAACGGUGUGAGUGAGGACUCCAGCUCUGAGACCAGCAGUUAUUCUGAGAGCAGCAGCGCUACCAUGGGUUCAUCGGUGGGCGAGUCUCCCCAGGUGACGGUGGCCUACCUGAGCCCAUUGGUGCUGCGCAAGGAGCUUGAGAGCCUGCUAGAGAACGAGGGCGAGGUGGUGCUGGCACAGGGCCAGCUCCUGGACAGCCACUCCAUCAUCUUCUGGAACAUGGUUUGGUACUUCCAUCGCCUGGGCCUGCCCAGCAACCUGCUGCAGCUGGUUCGCUCCUCACCGCUGGCCAACCAACUAGCACAGACUUCAGAGAACUCAGCAGUGAGGGUGAGGCUGCUGUGGGACACACUGACCCCUGACACAGACCACUGGCCCCCCCUCUACAUCCUGUGGAGGAUACACAGUGGCGUACCCAUGCGGAACCACAGCUGGCGGAGGCACAACCACCCCUUCACCCUGGCCUUCCUGGAGGAAGUGCUGCGCUGGGUCGGUAUGAACGAGAUACACAAGGGAAUCACCCUCUUCCUGGAAACUAUUGCUAAGCAACCGGGCACGCCCAAGAUACAAAGGAGUCUGUACAGAGAGAUGCUCUUCCUCACGCUGGCUGCCAUGGGUAGAGAUCACGUUGCUGCGUUUGAUAAGAAAUACAAGGCUGCGUACCAAAGGCUGAGUGGCUCCUUGGGGCGCGGGGAGCUCCGCAGGAAGCGAGCCCAGCCACCUAGCCCCAAGGCUGUGGACUGCAGACGGAGCUUCCUGCUGCCCCUCGAGUGCUGAUACCACCUCCAGCCUGCAGGCUCCACCCACUCCAAUCCAGAUCCGCCCCCAUCGCUGCUGCCUCCACCCACUCCAAUCCAGAUCCGCCCCCAUCGCUGCUGCCUCCACCCACUCCAAUCCAGAUCCGCCCCCAUCGCUGCUGCCUCCACCCACUCCAAUCCAGAUCCACCCCCAUCGCUGCUGCCUCCACCCACUCCAAUCCAGAUCCACCCCCAUCGCUGCUGCCUCCACCCACUCCAAUCCAGAUCCACCCCCAUCGCUGCUGCCUCCACCCACUCCAAUCCAGAUCCACCCCCAUCGCUGCUGCCUCCACCCACUCCAAUCCAGAUCCACCCCCAUCGCUGCUGCCUCCACCCACUCCAAUCCAGAUCCACCCCCAUCGCUGCUGCCUCCACCCACUCCAAUCCAGAUCC